UUAAAUUCUAAUUAGAGAUGCAGGAAUCAAUGAUAGGGAGGUUGGACAGCUCAGUUCCCCAGUGCCAGCCCAAUAGACGGAUGAGUUAUUGUCAUGUAAAAAGCGCCAGCAAUAAGACCAACCGCUUUGCUAUUGUCCAAGUGGAAAGAGCCAAGUUUAUUAUGAGGACUAUAUGCUCUAGAGACCUCAGACAAGGCAUCUCAUAGGAGGCUUUUUCAUAAAACUAGGCUCUGCUGGUAGUAAGGAGGCCAGUUUGGAGGCAGGCGUUGAGCUGUGCACAUCUCCCCACUCCAGCCACCUUCUCCAUACCCAUCUUUUAUUUCAUUUUUCCACUUGGCUGAGCCAUCCAGAGCCUUUUCAAUGUAUAAAAUGGAAUAUUCUUACCUCAAUUCCUCUGCCUACGAGUCUUGUAUGGCCGGGAUGGACACCUCGAGCCUGGCUUCAGCCUAUGCUGACUUCAGUUCCUGCAGCCAGGCCAGUGGCUUCCAGUAUAACCCGAUAAGGACCACUUUUGGGGCCACGUCCGGCUGCCCGUCCCUCACGCCGGGAUCCUGCAGCCUGGGCACCCUCAGGGACCACCAGAGCAGCCCGUACGCCGCAGUUCCCUACAAACUCUUCACGGACCACGGCGGCCUCAACGAGAAGCGCAAGCAGCGCCGCAUCCGCACCACGUUCACCAGCGCGCAGCUCAAAGAGCUGGAGAGGGUCUUCGCGGAGACGCACUACCCCGACAUCUACACCCGCGAGGAGCUGGCGCUGAAGAUCGACCUCACCGAGGCGCGAGUGCAGGUGUGGUUCCAGAACCGCCGCGCCAAGUUCCGCAAGCAAGAGCGCGCGGCAGCGGCCGCAGCGGCGGCGGCCAAGAACGGCUCUUCGGGAAAGAAGUCUGACUCCUCCCGGGACGACGAGAGCAAAGAGGCCAAGAGCACCGAUCCGGACAGCACUGGGGGCCCGGGCCCCAACCCCAACCCCACUCCCAGCUGCGGGGCGAGUGGCGGCGGCGGCGGCGGCGGGCCCAGCCCCGCCGGAGCCCCGGGGGCGGCGGGACCGGGGGGUCCCGGAGGCGAGCCGGGCAAGAGCGGUGCGGCGGCGGCGGCGGCGGCAGCGGCGGCGGCGGCAGCGGCGGCGGCGGCGGCAGCGGCCGGAGGCCUGGCUGCGGCCGGGGGCCCUGGACAAGGCUGGGCUCCGGGCCCCGGCCCCAUCACCUCCAUCCCGGAUUCGCUCGGGGGUCCUUUCGCCAGCGUCCUAUCUUCGCUCCAAAGACCCAACGGUGCCAAAGCCGCCUUAGUGAAGAGCAGUAUGUUCUGAUCUGGGAUCUGCAGCGGCGGCGGCGGCGGGCGAGCCGGGUGCCCGCGGGCGAGUGGGUGAGCUGGGUAGGCCCAAGGCUAUUGUCGCUGCUGCCGUGGCUUUUCCCUUGAGAGCCUAAAGUAAUCGCGAUAAGAUUAAAGAGAAAACGGCGUCGCCCCCAUUUCAAGCCCAGUCCUACUCCCUUCCUUCACCCCCAAACAAAACGAAACACCUCCCUGGCUUCGCACCAGCCUCGGGGCCGCGCGCAUGGGCCAGGCGGCCCCGCUUGCUGCCCGGGCGGUGUGAGCGACGCGGCCUGGACUCGGGGAGGGGGGUGGAAUCUCAGGGGGCUCUGUCUGCGUGUCGGUGUGUGUCUGUCUCGGGGAGUGUGUGUCUAUGGCCCGAGCAGGACAGGGAGAAAGACGGCUGGGAGGCCACAACCAACUCAGUGACUUGCUUAG